CAGGUGUCAUCAUUCGAUGCUAGACGCUAGCGCGUUGUUUUUUGUUUUCCUCUACGUGAGCUGUGUCAAGUAGUUGAAUUAAACUUCUGCCGCCGACGCUCACCCGAGCGGGUGUUUGCUGUUCACCGGACGAGUCCCGCUGCUCGUGAGCUGUCGGUGCUGCGGCGGCACCGGUGGUCGCUCGGUGCUCCUCGUUAGCCGAGUGCUAACAACAGUGACAGCGAGCAACCGACACGCGAGUCUGACCCGCUGCUGGCGCUUCAAGCGGCUGCAGAUCAUCAGGCAACACUGACAGCUUUCCCCAGUGAACAUCAUGGAGCUCCAGGCGGUGUUGAUGGCGGCCGGUGGGGGUUCUCGCAUGCCGGAUCUGACAUACAACAUCCCAAAACCAAUGCUGCCCGUCGGCAACAAGCCCCUCAUGUGGUACCCGCUGAACCUGCUGGAGAGGGUGGGCUUUGAAGAAGUGAUCGUGAUCACCACCAAAGAGGUCCAUAAGAUGAUGAGCGCAGACCAAAAAAUUAAGGACGUGAAGAUGAAACUGGAUGUGGUUUCCAUCCAGGAAGACGGAGACAUGGGCACCGCAGACGCCCUCCGACACAUCCAGCAGAAGAUCAAGACGGACGUCCUGGUGGUGAGCUGUGACCUGAUCACAGAUGUGGCGCUUCACGAGGUGGUUGAUCUGUUCAGAGCCCACAAUGCAACGCUGGCCAUGCUGAUGAGCAAAAGCCAUGAAUUCACAGAGACAGUCCCAGGCCAGAAGGGCAAUAAGAAGACAGCUGAACAGAGAGACUUUGUGGGAGUGGAUCAGUCGGGGAAGAGGCUGCUGUUCAUGGCCAAUGAGGCGGAUCUGGAGGAUGGGUUAUCAAUUAGGAAGUCUAUCAUGAGGAAACAUCCCAGGAUGCACAUCAAAACGGGCCUUGAGGACGCUCACCUCUACUGUCUGAAGAAAGCCGUGGUGGACUUUCUCGCCGACAACAAGUCCAUCUCUUCGAUCCGGGGUGAGCUGGUGCCGUAUUUGGUGCGGAAGCAGUUUUCAAAAACAACCAACAGUCCCAAAAUCAAAGACGACGCAGAGGAUCAGAACCAGAAAACUAUAGACGGCUCCAGCAACCACGAGCUCCUCAUCUCCUCACGAGACGAGCCUCUCCUCCAGCUGGCCCAGGAGCGCUCCUGUUGGAACGACCACCGCGGUGACAUGAGCGAGGCGUACCACGGGGGAAAGCUCCGCUGCUACGUCCACAUCAUCGACCAGGGCUUCUGCUACCGCGUCAACACGCUGGCUGCCUACAUAGAAGCCAACCGGCUGGCCCCAAUGUUAUUUGAGGAGCCAGCCGUCCACCCAUCUGCUGUCAUUUCUGAGAGAUGUCAGAUGGGAUCCGACAGCAUCAUCGGAGCGCUGUGCCAGAUAGCAGACAAGACUUCCAUCAAGAGGUCCACCAUCGGGAACUCCACCACCGUGAAAGAGAAGGUCAAAGUCACCAACUCCAUCAUCAUGCACGGGGUUACCAUCGAGGAGGGGUGUAACAUCCAGGACUGCGUGAUCUGCAGUCAUGCGGUCAUCGGCCGAGGAGCGGACCUCAAAUACUGCCUGGUGGGAAGCGGACAGCGGAUCGAACCGGAGGCGGAGAGGACUAACGAGGUCAUCGUUGGAACGGACCAGCUGAUGGAGAUCUAACUCAUACGGGGAUGGAGCGGCGUCCUCGUCUCAUUAACCAAUCGGAGAGCAGCAAAACAUAGCGGACAACUAAUCCAUCAGCCGACUGACCGCCAGAAGCCUGGAGGCGGCGUGACAGUUCUAACUUCUCUUCUCAGGCUUUUUCUACAUUGUGUCCAAAUAAAUUAAGAGUUUAACCCCCAUAA